UUAUUUGUAUCUGUAGUAGGAGUAGCAGUAAUUGAUUUCCGGAAGUGAUUCAGAACAUGGCACUCGCGUGUGGGCUCGCCCGCCACCGCUGCCACUCCCACCUCCAUAACCUUUUCUUGAUCGGAAACUCCAACCCCAACCCCAACCGGAGUUGCUUCUUUUACUCCACUAUUCGACCGCCAUUCAAGAGCCAAAAACUGUCCUCUGCUGGUAAUCGCUUGACAACUCUCUCUACAGCACGUCUGCAGCAAAAUGUUCCAAAAUCAUCGCCCAAUGACCCUUCUACUAACACCCUGCCGCAGGCCAAGACUCAACCAUCCCGUUCAGAUAAUCUCGUUGACCAACCCGACUCCAACCCCGACUCUGGGUCUUCCCUCUCUCCCCUUCCCUAUCCACUUCGAAAUGUACUUAAAUUGGAUGUGCUGGCAUUGGAGAUUCUGUCAAUUGCACUGCCUGCUGCGCUGGCUCUUCUGGCAGACCCAAUUACUUCAUUAGUAGAUACUGCAUUUGUUGGCCAUUUGGGAUCGGUUGAAUUGGCAGCAGUAGGGGUUUCAGUUUCAGUUUUCAACUUAGUCUCAAAGUUGUUCAAUGUUCCACUGCUCAACCUCACAACAUCUUUUGUUGCCGAAGAGCAAGCGGCCAUUACCAAUGGUUCUAAUGAGUCUGGUCCACCUGUCUGCGAUGGCCCGCCUGAUCACAAAGGCAAGAUUCUCCUUCCUUCAGUAUCAACUUCAUUAGCUCUUGCAACCGGACUUGGGAUCGCAGAAACUGUUGCACUCUCUGUUGGGUCCGGUUUCUUAAUGAACACGAUGGGUAUACCUGCUGAGUCCUCCAUGCGCAUACCAGCAGAGCAAUUUCUAACACUGAGGGCAUUUGGUGCUCCACCACUUGUUAUAGCACUUGCUGCUCAAGGAACUUUCCGUGGAUUUAAGGAUACAAAAACUCCGUUAUAUGCUGUUGGAGCUGGUAAUGUAUUAAAUGCAAUACUAGAUGCAAUUUUGAUAUUUUGCUUUGGUAUUGGCGUAGCAGGUGCUGCAAUUGCUACAGUGAUAUCUGAGUACUUGACUGCUUUCAUCUUGCUAUCAAAGUUAAACGACAAAGUCCAACUUAUGACACCGAAUGUUGAUGCAGGAAGGGUUGCUCGAUAUCUAAAAUCUGGGGGUCUUUUAAUUGGAAGGUCCUUAGCAGUGCUCAUGAUUACAACUCUAGCUACAUCUAUGGCAGCAAGAGAGGGGGCCAUUUCUAUGGCCGGGCAUCAAAUCUGUUUUCAAGUUUGGUUGGCUGUAUCUUUGCUUACUGAUGCUUUAGCACUUGCAGGGCAGGCUCUCCUUGCCAGUGGUUAUUCCCAAGGCAGUUAUGGUGAAGCACGGGAAGUUGUUUACAAAGUUUUGCAGAUUGGUUUAAUAACUGGAGUAGCAUUAGCUGUAUUCUUGUUUCUUGGUUUUGGAGCACUCUCCAGCUUAUUCACUGUGGAUUCAGAGGUUCUGAAAAUUGCGAGAUCUGGUACCUUGUUUGUUGCUGGAUCCCAGCCUAUGAAUGCUCUAGCUUUUGUUCUUGAUGGGCUUUACUAUGGGGUUUCAGAUUUUGGAUACGCUGCAUACUCUAUGAUAGUUAUUGGAGUAAUAUCAGCGGUGAUCUUGCUGGUGGCCACUUAUUUUUGGGGCCUUGCUGGAGUCUGGGCAGGGCUAUUUUCCUUUAUGACUUUGAGAGUUGCUGCUGGAAUCUUGAGGUUGGGUGCUAGAGGCGGACCAUGGAAAUUUCUAUGGUCUGGUGUGGAGCGAGAAAGUGCCUGAACCAACUAUCAACAUGACUCCUGCCGUGUUUGCGUGUACUGGUUAAUGAUCAGCCUGGUGGAGGUAAAAUGAUCAGCCUGCAGCCAUUGAUUCAUGAACUAUUGACACCCUGGAAGCUGACCUGCUUCAAGCUUCACUACUAUUCAUCUCAAGGGCUACGGAAUAGGUAACUUCUCCACAUUGCAACAGCAAGAUCGAGGACAUUGUCCUAAUUGAACGAAGAGGAAUUCUGUAAUACAGCAAAGAUCCUGAUAACUUCUCCAACGAUAUGUAUGCAGAUGGUAGAGUUACCUUCAAGAGCAUUGGUUAUUGUUAAAGCGCAAUGUACAGUGUAAAUUCUUUCUUUUGCUGACUUCCGCCUAUAUGAAUGACAUUUUUGUAAUAGCAGGAAAACCAAGCUGAUAACCAUAAUCUUAAUUUUGGCUCUAAAUUGCACAA